AUGGCAACCACCUCGGCACACGCCCACCUCCUCGACGGCGCCCUCGCGGCCCUCGGCCCCCCUCCUCCUCCUCUCCUCGACUCGACGCACCUCUCGACCCUCGCGCUCAUCGUCGGCCCGACCAUGCUCCUCGACGCCCUCGACCUCGUCGACAAGCGCUCCGUCGCCCGCAUCCACACCCCGUCCGGCGCAACACUCUACCAGGUCGCCGCCUCGUCGCACUCGGCCGCUCCUGGCGGCAGCUACACCCUGUACCUCGACGUCCCGCGAGGCGGCUACUGCCCGUGCCCCUUCUUCUCGUCGGCCGUCCUCGCCCCUGCACCCACCGCCCUCAUCUGCAAGCACCUCCUCGCGUGCCGCAUCGCCGACCGCCUCGACGCCUGGCACGACAAGCGCGUCGGCCUCAAGUGGGUCGCUGGGUUCGCGACCCGGUUUGGCGCAGCGGUGCCGGCGGGCGGGACGGCGGCUGCUGCUGGCGGCGGCGGCGGGUGA